AUGAACACCGUUGGCCCAUAUCAUAAUCGACAAGAGACGUAUGCGUAUUUUUCUUUACCGUUUUGUGUGGGUACGAAAGUUACAAUCGGGCAUUACCAUGAAACCUUAUCCGAAGCAUUGCAAGGCGUUGAAUUGGAAUUUAGUGGCUUGGAUAUUACAUUCAAAGACAAUGUUCCAGCGCAGCAGUUUUGCGGCAUAGAAUUGAACGAUCAGGCUUAUAAAGCGCUUGUGUAUGCGGUGAAAAAUCAUUAUUGGUAUCAAAUGUACAUAGAUGAUCUACCAAUAUGGGGUAUAGUAGGCGAAAUCGACGGCGAUCACUAUUAUAUUUGGACUCACAAGAAGUUCGAUAUUGGUUAUAAUGGUAACAGGAUUGUAGAAGUUAACCUUACCGCGGAAAACAAGGAACGACUUGUACCUGAUGCUAAGAUCCCUUUCACUUACGAGGUAAACUGGAAAAAGAGCAAUAUUCGAUUUGAAGAUCGUUUUGACAAAUAUUUAGAUCCAAAUUUUUUCCAGCAUAGAAUUCAUUGGUUUAGUAUCUUUAAUAGUUUUAUGAUGGUAAUAUUUUUAGUGGGCCUUGUGUCUAUGAUUCUUAUGAGAACUUUACGUAAAGACUAUGCUAGGUAUUCAAAAGAUGAUGAUCUUGAUGAUCUAGAGAAAGAUUUAGGGGAUGAAUAUGGUUGGAAGCAAGUGCAUGGCGAUGUGUUUAGACCUGUUCCACACUUAGCCUUAUUUUCAGCUCUUGUUGGUGCAGGAUAUCAACUAACAGUAGUAACAUUAGCUGUUAUUAUUUUUACAAUAUUUGGGGAACUCUAUACUGAGAGAGGUUCCUUACUUUCAACGGCAAUAUUUAUAUAUGCUGCAACUUCACCAGUUAAUGGUUAUUUUGGUGGUUCUCUAUAUGCCAGGAUGGGAGGUAAACUUUGGAUUAAACAAAUGUUACUCUCUGCUUUUCUGCUCCCUGUAUUAGUUUGUGGUACAGCUUUCUUGAUCAACUUUAUUGCGAUGUAUUACCAUGCAUCACGGGCUAUUCCAUUUGGCAGUAUGAUUGCUGUAAUGUCUAUUUGCACAUUUGUAAUUUUACCUCUGACACUAGUGGGAACUGUUCUUGGAAGAAAUUUAGCAGGGCAACCUGAUUAUCCUUGCCGUAUUAAUGCCGUACCUAGGCCUAUUCCAGAAAAGAAAUGGUUUAUGGAACCAUUUAUCAUUAUUAUUAUGGGAGGAAUUUUGCCUUUUGGUUCUAUAUUUAUUGAAAUUCAUAAUUUGGACACAUGCCUGAAAUUUUAA